AGGAAACUAGGACCAUGAACUUGGCCGCAAACCCGGCUCCCUGCCGCAGGCGGCUCCCCCUACCUUCUCUAUCUCUGUGCCAGCUCCUGAGAGUCUGGGGGCUGCUGUCGCUGCUUCCCGGCCCGGCCCGAGUCCAAGCCGCCGAACAGCGCCAGGUGUUCCAGGUGAUGGAAGAGCAGCCCCCAGGGACUCUGGUGGGCACCAUCCCAACGCGUCCUGGCUUCACCUAUCGGCUCAGUGAAAGCCACGCCCUGUUCGCUAUUAACAGCAGCACAGGAGCGCUGUACACUACCGCUACCAUCGACCGCGAGAGCCUGCCCAGCGAUGUGGUCAACCUGGUGGUCCUUUCCAGCUCUCCCACAUACCCCACCGAGGUGCGGGUGCUGGUGCGUGACCUCAACGACAACGCCCCAGUCUUUCCAGACCCCUCGAUCGUGGUCACCUUCAAGGAGGACAGUGGCAGCGGGCGUCAGGUCAUUCUGGACACCGCCACCGAUUCUGACAUCGGCUCCAACGGUGUGGACCACCGCUCCUACCGCAUCGUUCGUGGCAACGAGGCGGGCCGCUUUCGCCUGGACAUCACCUUGAACCCCAGUGGAGAGGGAGCGUUCCUGCACUUGGUGUCCAAGGGCGGGCUGGACCGCGAGGUCACACCUCAGUACCAGCUCCUGGUGGAGGUGGAGGACAAGGGUGAGCCAAAGCGGCGGGGUUACCUUCAGGUCAACGUGACUGUACAGGACAUUAACGACAAUCCCCCGGUGUUUGGCAGUUCCCAUUACCAGGCGGGGGUGCCUGAAGAUGCAGUUGUGGGUUCCAGUGUCCUGCAGGUGGCGGCGGCAGAUGCAGACGAGGGUACCAAUGCGGACAUCCGUUACCGGCUGCAGGAUGAGGGAACCCCCUUUCAGAUGGACCCAGAGACCGGGCUCAUCACCGUGAAAGAACCGCUAGAUUUCGAGGCCCGGCGACAGUAUUCUCUGACAGUUCAGGCCACGGACCGGGGCGUGCCCUCGCUCACUGGGCGCGCUGAAGCUCUUAUCCAGCUCCUGGAUGUCAAUGACAACGACCCGGUAGUGAAGUUUCGCUACUUCCCUGCCACCUCGCGCUACGCUUCGGUGGAUGAGAACGCGCAAGUGGGUACCGUGGUGGCUCUGCUCACCGUGACCGACGCUGACUCCCCAGCAGCCAACGGAAACAUUUCAGUGCAAAUUCUCGGGGGCAAUGAGCAACGCCACUUUGAGGUACAGAGGAGCAAGGUGCCCAACCUGAGCCUCAUCAAGGUGGCCAGCGCCCUGGACCGGGAGCGCAUCCCUUCGUACAACCUCACAGUCUCGGUCUCGGAUAACUUCGGGGCGCCCCCUACCGCCGAGGUCCAGGCGCGCUCCUCUGUGGCCAGCUUGGUGAUUUUCGUCAAUGACAUCAAUGAUCACCCUCCGGUCUUUGAGCAGCAAGUGUACAGAGUGAACCUGAGCGAGGAGGUGCCUCCGGGGAGUUAUGUGAGUGGGGUGUCUGCCACUGAUGGCGACUCUGGUCUGAAUGCUAACCUGCGUUACAGCAUUGUCUCUGGAAAUGGGUUGGGCUGGUUUCACAUUAGUGAGCACAGUGGACUGGUGACCACCAGUGCUGCCGGAGGCCUUGACCGUGAACUUGCUUCCCAGAUUGUACUGAAUAUCAGUGCCCGAGACCAGGGGGUCCACCCCAAGGUAUCCUAUGCCCAGCUCAUGGUAACUGUCUUGGAUGUCAAUGAUGAAAAGCCCGUGUUUAGCCAGCCUGAAGGCUAUGAGGUGUCUGUGGUAGAGAAUGCUCCAACUGGGACAGAGCUCUUGGUUCUUGGGGCAACAGACGGGGAUCUGGGUGACAAUGGGACAGUGCGUUUCUUCCUGCAAGAGGCUGAGAGUGACCAAAGGCUCUUCCGCCUGGAUCCGGUAUCUGGUAGGCUGAGUACUAUCUCUUCCCUGGACAGAGAGGAACAAGCCUUUUACUGUCUAUUGAUUCUAGCCACAGACCUGGGUUCUCCUCCCCAGUCCUCCACAGCUCAGGUAAAUGUCAGUCUUCUGGAUAUAAACGACAACAGCCCUGUGUUCUAUCCAGUCCAAUACUUUGCUCAUAUCCAGGAAAAUGAGCCUGGAGGUAGCUAUGUCACCACAGUGUCUGCUACCGACCCAGACAUGGGCCCCAAUGGAACUGUUAAGUACAGUAUAUCAGCUGGGGACAGGUCUCGGUUUCAGAUUCAUGCUAAGAGUGGGGUCAUUUCUACAAAAAUGGCCCUAGAUAGAGAAGAGAAAACAGCAUACCAACUGCAAAUAGUGGCUACUGAUGGGGGCAAUUUACAGUCUCCCAACCAGGCCAUAGUAACUGUCACAGUGUUAGAUACACAGGACAACCCACCUGUAUUCAGCCAGGCUGCCUACAGCUUUGUGGUCUUUGAGAAUGUGGCUCUGGGGUAUCAUGUGGGCAGUGUUUCUGCAACUACCAUGGACCUCAAUGCCAACAUCAGUUAUCUCAUCACUACUGGGGACCAGAGAGGUAUGUUUGCUAUGAAUCCUGUCACAGGGCAGCUGACCACAGCAAGUGUCAUUGACAGGGAAGAACAGUCCUUUUAUCAGCUAAGAGUAGUGGCCAGUGGGGGAGCAGUAACAGGAGACACUAUGGUUAACAUCACAGUGAAAGACUUGAACGACAACGCCCCCCACUUCCUCCAGGCAGUGGAAAGCAUAAACACAGUGGAGAACUGGCAGGCAGGACACAGCAUCUACCAGGCCAAAGCUGUGGAUCCUGAUGAAGGUGUCAAUGGUAGGGUGCUCUAUAGUCUGAAGCAGAACCCAAAGAACCUGUUUACUAUUAAUGAGCAGAAUGGUAACAUUAGUCUGCUGGGUGCCCUAGAUGUCCACGCUGGCUCGUACCAGGUAGAAAUUGUGGCCUCUGAUAUGGGUGUCCCCCAGCUCUCCUCCAGCAUCCUUCUGACAGUUUAUGUCUACGAUGUAAAUGACAACCCACCAGUGUUUGAUCAGAUUUCCUACGAGGUCACACUUUCUGAGUCAGAGCCUGUGAAUUCUCGAUUCUUUAAAGUGCAAGCUUCAGAUAAAGAUUCUGGAGCAAAUGGGGAAAUAGCAUACGCGAUCACAGACGGGAACAAUGGGGAUGCCUUCGGCAUAUUCCCAGAUGGCCAGCUCUAUAUAAAAAGUGAACUGGAUCGUGAACUUCAGGACAGAUAUGUGCUACUGGUUGUUGCCUCUGACCGGGCAGUAGAGCCUCUAAGUGCUACUGUGAAUGUCACUGUGAUUUUAGAAGAUGUGAAUGACAACAGACCUUUGUUUAAUAGCACCAAUUACACAUUUUACUUUGAAGAGGAGCAGAGAGCUGGGUCAUUUGUAGGAAAAGUCAGUGCUGUGGACAAAGACUUCGGGCCAAAUGGGGAAGUAAGGUAUGUUUUUGAGGUGGCACAGCCAGAUUUUGAGUUGCAUGCUGUCACUGGGGAGAUCACCAGCACUCACAAGUUUGAUAGGGAGUCUCUCAUGAGGAGAAGGGGGACAGCAGUGUUCAGCUUCACAGUGAUAGCCACAGAUCAGGGCCUCCCUCAGCCUCUCAAGGACCAGGCUACUGUGCAUGUCUACAUGAAGGACAUCAAUGAUAAUGUUCCCAAGUUUCUGAAAGACUUUUACCAAGCUACAGUAUCAGAGACGGCGACCAAUCUGACCCAGGUCUUACGAGUGUCUGCGUCCGACGUGGAUGAGGGGAGUAAUGGCCUCAUUCAUUAUUCUAUCCUCAAAGGAAAUGAAGAGAGACAGUUUGCCAUAGACAGGUUCUCUGGUCAGGUGACUCUCGUAGGCAAAUUAGACUAUGAAGCAACCCCGGCCUAUUCUCUCCUCAUCCAGGCAGUGGAUUCAGGGGCCAUCUCCCUCAACUCGACCUGCACCUUGAGUAUUGAUAUUUUGGAUGAGAAUGAUAACACUCCCUCUUUCCCAAAGUCAACACUAUUUGUGGAUGUUUUGGAAAACAUGAGGAUUGGUGAACUUGUAUCCUCUGUUACUGCCACCGACUCUGACUCGGGUAUCAACGCUGAUCUACACUACACUAUUACAGGGUCAAACAAUCACGGGACUUUUAGUAUUAGUCCCAACACCGGGAGUAUCUUUCUGGCCAAAAAGUUGGACUUUGAGACACAGUCUUUAUAUAAAUUAAACAUCACAGCAAAAGAUCAAGGGAGGCCUCCUCGAUCAUCUACAAUGUCAGUGGUGAUCCAGGUGAGGGACUUCAAUGACAACCCCCCGAGCUUUCCCCCAGGAGACAUUUUUAAGUCAAUAGUGGAGAACAUCCCCCUUGGUACAUCUGUAAUUUCUGUGACAGCGCAUGACCCAGAUGCAGAUAUCAAUGGGCAGCUGUCUUAUGCCAUCAUCCAACAGAUGCCCCGAGGCAAUCACUUCAGCAUAGACGAAGUCAAAGGAACCAUCUAUACCAGUGCUGAGAUCGACCGGGAAUUUGCCAACCUCUUUGAGUUAACAGUAAAAGCCAAUGACCAGGCUGUGCCAAUAGAAACCAGGAAGCAUGCUUUGAAAAAUGUGACCAUUUUGGUGACAGACCUCAAUGACAAUGUCCCAAUGUUUAUAUCACAAAACGCACUGGCUGCAGACCCUUCAGCCAUGAUCGGUUCUGUCCUGACUACCAUCAUGGCUGCAGACCCGGAUGAAGGUGCCAACGGCGAGGUGGAGUAUGAGAUCCUCAAUGGGGACACAGACACCUUCACCGUGGAUCGCUACAGCGGAGACCUUCGAGUGGCUUCUGCUUUGGUGCCUUCACAGCUCACCUACAACCUUAUAGUAUCAGCCACAGACCUGGGCCCGGAGAGGAGGAAGUCAACCACAGAGCUGACCGUCAUCCUCCAGGGCUUAGAUGGGCCUGUUUUCACACAGACCAAAUACAUAACCAUUUUGAAGGAAGGGGAGCCCAUUGGUACCAAUGUCAUAUCCAUAGAAGCAGCCAGCCCCAGAGGGUCAGAAGCCCCAGUGGAAUAUUAUAUCGUUUCUGUUCGCUGUGAAGAGAAGACUGUUGGACGUCUCUUUACCAUUGGACGUCAGACUGGUGUCAUUCAAACUGCAGCCAUUUUGGACCGGGAGCAGGGAGCAUGUCUCUACCUGGUGGAUGUUUACGCCAUAGAGAAGUCAUCUACCUUUCCCAGGACACAGAGAGCAGAGGUAGAAAUAACACUUCAAGAUAUCAAUGACAAUCCACCAGUAUUUCCAACGGACACUCUGGAUCUCACUGUGGAAGAGAACAUUGGAGAUGGCUCGAAGAUUAUGCAGCUGACUGCCAUGGAUGCUGAUGAGGGUGCAAAUGCUCUGGUCACGUAUGCUCUCAUUAGUGGAGCUGAUGACAGCUUCAGAAUUGACCCUGAAUCUGGAGACCUGAUAGCCACCAAGAGGCUGGACAGAGAGCACAGGUCCAAGUACUCAUUGUUGGUUCGUGCGGACGACGGCCUCCAGUCCUCAGACAUGAGGAUAAACAUCACCAUCAGCGACGUGAAUGACCACAUCCCCAGAUUCUCCAGGCCUGUGUAUUCUUUCGACAUCCCAGAAGACACAACCCCUGGUUCCCUGGUGGCCGCUAUUUUAGCAACAGAUGACGACUCUGGUGUGAACGGAGAGAUCAGCUAUGUGGUGGAGGAAGACGACGGGGAUGGCGUGUUCUUCCUGAAUCCAGUUACCGGUGUCUUCAACUUGACCCGAGCCCUAGAUUACGAAACGCAGCAGUAUUACAUACUCACGGUCCGUGCUGAGGAUGGCGGGGGACAGUUUACCACCAUCCGAGCAUAUUUCAACAUCCUUGAUGUCAAUGACAAUCCACCUGUCUUCAGCAUGAGCUCCUAUAGCACAUCCUUAAUGGAAAACCUGCCUCUCGGAUCCACCGUCCUUGUGUUUAACGUCACUGAUGCAGAUGACGGUGUCAACUCUCAGCUGUCAUACAGCAUUGCUUCAGGUGACAGUCUUGGGCAGUUUGCAGUGGAUAAGCAUGGAGUCCUCAAAGCCCUCAAAGCUUUGGACCGGGAAAGCCAGUCCUUCUACAACCUAGUCAUUCAGGUCCAUGACUUGCCCCAGCCUCCUGCCUCCAGGUUCACGAGCACAGCCCAAGUCUCCAUCAUCUUGUUAGAUGUCAAUGAUAACCCACCCAUGUUUCUUUCCCCCAAGUUGACGUACAUUCCAGAAAAUACACCCAUUGAUACUGUUGUCUUCAAGGCUCAAGCGACAGAUCCUGACAGUGGCCCCAACAGCUAUAUUGAGUACACUCUCCUGAACCCUUUAGGAAACAAGUUCAGCAUUGGGACCAUUGAUGGUGAGGUGCAUCUCACUGGAGAGCUGGACAGAGAGGAAGUUUCCAAUUACAGCCUGACAGUGGUGGCCACAGACAAAGGACAACCACCUCUGUCAUCCUCUACUGAAGUUGUGGUUAUGGUCCUCGACAUCAAUGAUAACAACCCGGUUUUUUCCCAGGCUAUGUACCGAGUGCAGAUUAAGGAGAACACACUCACUGGUACAGAUAUAAUCCAAGUGUCCGCAGCAGACAAUGAUGAAGGCACCAACGGGCAGGUCCGCUAUGGCAUCGUGGAUGGAAACACACAUCAGGAGUUCAGGAUCGACUCAGUGACAGGUGCCAUCACAGUGGCUAAGUCUUUGGAUAGAGAGACGAUCCCUGCUUACACUUUAACUGUUCAGGCCAUGGAUAGAGGCAGUAGCCCCAGAACAGAUUCCUGCACAGUCGCCAUCACUUUACUUGACAUGAAUGAUUUUGUCCCUGUAUUCGAGCUGUCUCCAUAUUCUGUGAAUGUUCCUGAAAAUUUAGGGACCCUGCCCAGAACCAUUCUUCAGGUGGUGGCAAGAGAUGAUGAUCAAGGACCGAAUAGCCAGCUCUCAUAUGUUUUGCUCGGUGGAAAUGAAGACAAUGCCUUUACCCUCACAGCCAGUGGAGAGCUUCGGGUGACCCAGAGUCUGGACCGGGAAGCAAGAGAUCAUUUCGUGCUGGUUGUCACAGCUGCUGAUGCAGGAUCCCCGGCCUUGACAGGAACAGGGACAAUCAACAUCAUUGUAGAUGAUAUCAAUGACAACAUCCCCACUUUCGCCAGUAACAUGUACUUUACUGCAAUUCCCGAGGAUGCCCCGACGGGGACAGAUGUCCUGUUAGUGAAUGCCUCGGAUGCAGAUGCUGCGUCAAAUGCUGUCAUCAGUUACAGUAUCAUCGGUGGAAACUCACAGUUCACCAUCAACCCAUCCACGGGACAGAUCAUCACUAGUGCUUUGCUGGACAGAGAAACCAAAGAUAAUUACACUUUGGUUGUGGUUGCCAGUGAUGCUGGGUCUCCAGAGUCUCUUUCCAGCUCUACAAGUGUGCUUGUGACCAUCACUGAUGUUAAUGACAACCCACCCCGGUUCCAACAUAACCCAUAUGUCACACACGUCCCAUCUCCUACUCCUCCAGGUUCCUUUGUUUUUGCCGUCACAGUCACUGAUGCUGAUAUUGGAUCCAAUUCUGAACUCCAUUACUCACUCUCAGGUAGAAACUCUGAAAAAUUUCACAUUGACCCCCUUAGGGGGGCAAUCAUGGCAGCUGGGCCACUAAGUGGAGCUUCUGAGGUGACGUUCUCUGUCCAUGUGAAAGAUGGUGGCUCAUUUCCAAAGACAGAUUCGACUACAGUGACUGUUAGGUUUGCCAACAAGGCAGAUUUCCCCAAAGUCAGAGCCAAAGAACAAACAUUCAUGUUUCCAGAAAAUCAGCCAGUGGGCACUCUGGUCACCACCAUCACAGGGUCCUCUUUGAGAGGAGAAACUUUGUCCUACUAUAUUGCAAGUGGGAACCUGGGCAACACUUUUCAAAUUGAUCCACUAACAGGACAGGUAUCCAUCAGCCAGCCUUUGGACUUUGAGAAGAUACAAAAAUACAUUGUUUGGAUUGAAGCCAGAGAUGGGGGCUUCCCUCCCUUCUCUUCUUAUGAGAAGCUUGACAUCACGGUGCUAGAUAUCAAUGACAACGCUCCAGCUUUUGAGGAAGAUCCGUUUGUGUCUGAGAUCUUGGAAAACCUAUCCCCUCGGAAAAUUCUUACUGUUUCAGCAACAGACAAGGACAGUGGUCCCAAUGGACAACUAGACUAUGAGAUUGUGAAUGGCAACCAGGAGAGCAGUUUUGCGAUCAAUCACGCUACAGGUGAAAUCAGAAGCAUUCGCCCACUAGACAGAGAAAGAAUAUCUCAUUAUGAGCUCACUGUGAAAUCUUCAGACAAAGGGUCUCCUUCUCAGAGCACCUCAGUAAAAGUGAUCAUCAGUAUUUUAGAUGAAAAUGAUAAUGCACCUAGGUUUUCUCAGAUAUUCAGUGCCUAUGUUUCUGAAAAUUCCCCCUUGGGAUACACAGUUACCCGUGUAACAACUUCUGAUGAAGACAUUGGGAUAAAUGCAAUUAGCAGAUAUUCCAUAGUGGACACAAGUCUUCCAUUUACAAUCAACCCCAACACAGGCGAUAUCGUCAUCAGUAGACCUUUAAACAGAGAAGAUACAGACCGAUACAGGAUCAGAGUAUCUGCACAUGAUUCUGGCUGGACUGUGAGUACUGAUGUCACCAUAUUUGUGACUGACAUCAAUGACAACACUCCAAGAUUUAGCAGACCCUCUUAUUAUUUAGAUUGCCCUGAACUUACUGAGCUUGGCUCCAGAGUGACUCAAGUAUCUGCCACAGAUCCCGAUGAGGGAUCAAAUGGACAAGUGUUUUAUUUUAUCAAGUCUCAGUCAGAGUAUUUCAGAAUCAAUGCCACCACUGGAGAGAUUUUCAACAAGCAGGUGUUAAAAUACCAAAAUGUCAGUGGUUUCAGUAAUGUGAACAUCAACAGGCACAGUUUCAUUGUGACAGCUUCUGAUCGAGGCAACCCUUCCUUACUCAGCGAGACCACAGUUACCAUCAAUACAGUGGACAGCAAUGACAACCCACCUCAGUUUCUCAAAAGUAAAUACUUUACCCCAGUUACCAAAAACGUUAAAGUAGGUACUAAGUUAAUCAAAGUGACUGCAGUGGAUGACAAAGACUUUGGAUUAAACUCUGAAGUGGAGUAUUUUGUGUCUGAUGGGAACCAUCUAGGGAAGUUUAAGCUAGACAAUGAUACUGGGUGGAUUUCAAUAGCCUCUCCCUUGGUUUCUGACCUAAAUCAAAACUUCCUGAUCAGGGUCACAGCAAAGGACAAAGGGAACCCCCCACUUUCUUCCCAAGCUGACGUUCACAUCACAGUCACUGAAGAAAACUACCACACCCCUGAAUUUUCCCAGAACCACAUAAGUGCCACCAUCCCUGAGAGCCACAGCAUUGGUUCUGUUGUCAGAACUGUAUCUGCCCGAGAUCGUGACACAGCCAUGAAUGGUUUGAUUAGUUACAACAUUUCUUCAGGGAAUGAAGAGGGCAUCUUUGCUAUCAAUUCCUCAACAGGUGUGGUAACCCUCGCCAAAGCCCUCGAUUACGAAUUGAGCUCCAAGCAUGAGAUGACCAUUAGCGCCACAGAUGGAGGAUGGGUUGCGAGGACUGGCUAUUGCAGUCUGACUGUGAGUGUGAUAGAUGUGAACGACAAUUCCCCAGUGUUUGUUCCUGAUGAAUUUUUCCCAACUGUUAUGGAGAAUGCCCCGAGUGGGACCACUGUUAUCCACCUAAAUGCAACAGACGCUGACUCGGGAGCCAAUGCUGUGAUUGCAUAUACUGUGCAGUCAUCAGACAGUGACCUGUUUGUCAUUGACCCCAACACAGGGGUCAUCACCACUCAAGGCUUCUUGGAUUUUGAAACUAAGCAGAGCUACCACCUCACAGUGAAAGCCUUCAACGUCCCCGAUGAGGAAAAGUGCAGCUUUGCCACUGUCGACAUCCAGUUGAAGGGGACCAAUGAAUAUGUGCCUCGCUUUGUUUCUAAGCUCUACUAUUUUGAAGUGUCAGAAGCAGCUCCUAGGGGGACUGCUGUUGGAGAAGUGUUUGCCAGUGACAGGGACAUGGGUGCUGAUGGAGAAGUACACUAUUUGAUCUUUGGAAACAGUAGGAAGAAGGGCUUCCAGAUCCACAAGAUGACAGGGCAGAUCUAUGUGUCUGGGCUUCUUGAUAGAGAGAAAGAGGAAAGGGUGUCCUUGAAAGUGUUGGCCAAGAACUUCGGCAACAUUCGGGGUGCAGACAUCGAUGAAGUCACUGUGAACAUCACUGUGCUUGAUGCUAAUGACCCACCAGUGUUUAGUCUGAACACCUACAGAGUGCAGAUCAGUGAAGGGGUCCCUAUUGGGACCCAUGUGACCUUUGUGAGUGCCUUUGACUCAGAUUCCAUUCCUAGCUGGAGCAGGUUCUCAUACUUCAUUGGGUCCGGGAAUGAAAAUGGUGCCUUUUCUAUUAACCCCCAGACAGGGCAGAUCACAGUUACCUCAGGGCUGGACCGGGAAAGCCUGCCUGUUUAUAAUCUCACUGUCUUGGCUGUAGACUCAGGAACUCCCUCUGCCACAGGAAGUGCUUCCUUGUUAGUUACCCUAGAAGACAUCAAUGACAAUGGCCCAGUGUUGACUGUCAGUGAAGGAGAGGUUCUAGAAAACAAACGCCCAGGAACUCUAGUGAUGACCCUACAGUCCACAGAUCCUGACCUUCCUCCAAAUCAAGGCCCCUUCAAUUAUUACCUGCUGAGCACAGGCCCGGCUACUAAUUAUUUCAGUCUCAACACCGCUGGAGUUCUAAGCACAACCCGGGAGAUUGACAGAGAGCAGAUUUCAGACUUCUAUCUGUCUGUGGUCACCAGAGAUUCUGGGGCUCCUCAGAUGUCAUCCACAGGAACUGUGCACAUCACUGUUCUAGAUCAAAAUGACAACCCCUCACAAUCCCGCACUGUGGAGAUAUUUGUUAAUUAUUAUGGCAACUUAUUUCCUGGGGGGACUCUUGGCUCUGUGAAGCCCCAGGAUCCGGAUGUGUUAGACAGUUUCCACUGUUCCCUCACUUCGGGAGUCACCAGCCUCUUCAGUAUUCCAGCAGGCGGCUGUGACCUGAGUUCCCAGCCCAGAUCCACAGAUGGUACCUUCGAUCUGACUGUUGUCAGCAGCGAUGGGGUUCACAGCACAGUCACCAACAAUAUCCGAGUUUUCUUUGCAGGAUUCUCGAAUGCUACGAUAGAUAACAGUAUAUUGCUUCGGGUUGGUGUCCCCACAGUCAAGGACUUCCUGACUAAUCACUACCUUCACUUUCUGCGCAUUGCUAGUUCCCAGCUUACCGGCCUGGGUACCGCGGUGCAGCUCUAUGCUGCCUACGAAGAGAACAACAGAACAUUUCUUUUAGCAGCUGUGAAACGAAACAAUAACCAGUAUGUGAACCCCAGCGGUGUAGCUACCUUCUUCGAAAGCAUCAAAGAGAUCCUUCUCCGUCAGAGUGGUGUCAAGGUCGAAUCUGUGGAUCAUGACCCAUGCAUUCAUGGGCCGUGUCAGAACGGAGGCAGCUGCCUUCGGAGACUUGCUGUGGGCUCUGCGCUGAAGAUCCAGGAGAGUCUGCCUGUCAUCAUUGUGGCCAAUGAGCCUCUGCAGCCUUUCCAGUGUAAGUGUGUGCCAGGCUACGCUGGAAGCUGGUGUGAAGUGGAUAUUGAUGAAUGCCUUCCAGCCCCUUGCCACAAUGGGGGGACCUGUCACAACUUAGUUGGAGGAUUUUCAUGCAGCUGCCCGGAGGGCUUCACUGGAAGAGCCUGUGAGAGAGACAUCAAUGAAUGUCUGCCCAGCCCUUGCAAGCAUGGGGCUGUCUGUCAGAAUUUCCCAGGGGGAUUCAACUGCGUGUGCAAAACUGGAUACACAGGAAAAAUGUGUGAAUCUUCAGUCAAUUACUGUGAAUGCAAUCCCUGCUUCAAUGGUGGUUCCUGUCAGAGUGGAGUGGAAUCAUAUUACUGCCACUGUCCUUUCGGUGUCUUCGGCAAGCACUGUGAGCUGAACAGUUAUGGAUUUGAGGAACUGUCAUACAUGGAGUUUCCCAGCCUGGACCCCAACAACAACUAUAUUUAUGUCAAGUUUGCGACUAUCAAAAGUCAUGCUUUAUUGCUUUAUAACUAUGACAACCAGACAGGAGAGCGGGCAGAGUUCCUGGCUCUGGAAAUUGCUGAAGAAAGACUCAGAUUCUCAUAUAAUCUGGGUAGUGGGACGUACAAACUGACCACCAUGAAGAAGGUGUCGGAUGGACAGUUCCACACAGUGAUUGCGCGGCGAGCAGGCAUGGCAGCCUCUUUAACUGUGGACUCCUGCUCAGAGAAUCAAGAGCCAGGCUACUGCACUGUCAGUAAUGUUGCAGUGUCAGACGACUGGACUCUUGAUGUUCAGCCAAACCGAGUCACUGUUGGAGGAAUCAGAUCACUGGAGCCAAUCCUUCAGAGGAGGGGGCAAGUGGAGAGCCAUGAUUUCGUGGGCUGUGUAAUGGAGUUUGCUGUCAAUGGACGACCCCUGGAGCCUAGCCAGGCUCUGGCAGCACAAGGCAUUCUUGAUCAGUGUCCUAGACUAGAAGGCACGUGCACUCGAAACCCCUGCCAGCAUGGUGGCACCUGUGUGGACUUCUGGUCAUGGCAGCAGUGUCAGUGCAUGGAGGGCCUGACUGGGAAGUAUUGUGAAAAAUCUGUCACUCCAGACACUGCAUUGUCAUUAGAAGGCAAAGGUCGUCUGGACUACCACAUGAGCCAGAGCGAGAAGCGGGAAUACUUGCUGACUCAAAGCAUACGGGGUGCCGCAUUGGAGCCUUUUGGUGUCAACAGCCUGGAAGUAAAAUUCAGGACUCGGAGUGAGAAUGGCAUUUUGAUCCAUAUCCAGGAAAGCAGCAAUUAUACCACGGUGAAGAUUAAGAACGGCAAAGUACACUUUACGUCAGAUGCAGGUGUAGCCGGCAAAGUGGAGCGCAUCAUUCCAGAAGCAUAUAUUGCCGACGGCCAUUGGCAUACCUUCCGGAUCUCAAAGAAUGGAAGCACCACCGUGCUGUCUGUAGACAGGAUACACAACAGAGACAUCGUCCACCCCACACAGGACUUUGGUGGCAUCGAGGUGCUUUCCAUGUCUCUGGGAGGAAUACCCCCCAACCAAGCCCAUCGAGACACUCAGACAGCCCUGACAGGUUUUAAUGGCUGUAUCGCCUCAGUGCUCUAUGGCGGAGAGAGCCUGCCCUUCAGUGGGAAGCACAGCUUGGCCUCCAUCUCCAAAACCGACCCUUCAGUGAAGAUCGGCUGUCGGGGUCCCAAUAUCUGUGCCAGCAACCCCUGCUGGGGUGAUCUUCUGUGUAUUAACCAGUGGUAUGCCUACAAAUGUGUCCCUCCUGGUGACUGUGCAUCCCACCCUUGCCAGAACGGAGGUAGCUGUGAACCAGGUCUACUCUCUGGCUACACUUGCAGCUGUCCAGAGUCACAUACUGGGAGGACCUGUGAGACGGUGGUGGCCUGCCUCGGUGUUCUCUGUCCUCAGGGCAAGGUGUGCAAGGCUGGAAGUCCCGGGGGACACGUGUGUGUCCAGAGUCAGGGUCCAGAUGAGAUCUCCUUACCGCUGUGGGCUGUGCCUGCAAUUGUGGGCAGCUGCGCCACAGCCCUAGCGCUGCUAGUCCUCAGCUUGAUUCUAUGCAACCAGUGCAGGGGAAAGAUGGCCAAAAACUCCAAAGAGGAAAAGAAGCCAAAGGAGAAGAAGAAAAAGGGCAGUGAGAAUGUGGCUUUUGAUGACCCAGACAACAUCCCUCCCUAUGGAGAUGAUCUAGCUGUCAGGAAGCAACCUGAGGGGAAUCCCAAGCCAGACAUCAUAGAGCGAGAGAAUCCCUACCUAAUCUUUGAUGAGACUGACAUCCCCCACAACUCAGAGACCAUCCCCAGUGCCCCGCUGGCUUCCCCUGAGCAGGAGAUUGAACACUACGACAUCGACAAUGCCAGCAGUAUCGCGCCCUCAGAUGCAGACAUCAUCCAGCACUACAAACAGUUCCGAAGCCACACGCCUAAGUUUUCCAUCCAGAGGCACAGUCCUCUGGGCUUCGCCAGGCAGUCCCCUAUGCCCCUGGGAGCAAGCAGUCUGACAUACCAGCCUUCUUCAUAUGGCCAGGCGUUAAGAACCAGCUCCCUCAGCCACUCGGCCUGCCCCACUCCCAACCCUCUGUCCAGGCACAGCCCAGCUCCUUUCUCCAAACCAUCUGCUUUCUACAGGAACAGCCCAGCCCGGGAACUGCACCUUCCUCUGCGGGAUGGGGGUACGCUGGAAAUGCAUGGGGACCCCUGUCAGCCUGGCAUGUUCAACUACGCCACCAGGCUAGGGAGAAGAAGUAAGAGCCCUCAGGCCAUGGCCUCACAUAGCUCGAGACCCGGGAGUCGCCUCAAGCAGCCUAUAGCACAGAUCCCUCUAGAAUCUUCUCCUCCCGUGGGACUCUCCAUUGAGGAGGUAGAGAGGCUCAACACCCCUCGCCCUAGAAACCCCAGCAUCUGCAGUGCAGACCAUGGGAGGUCCUCUUCUGAAGAAGACUGUAGAAGACCCCUGUCCAGAACCAGGAACCCAGCAGAUGGCAUCCCUGCCCCAGAAUCUUCUUCUGACAGUGACUCCCAUGAUUCCUUCACAUGCUCAGAAAUGGAAUACGACAGGGAGAAGCCGGUGGUCUAUACUUCCAGGAUGCCCAAGUUAUCUCAAGUCAAUGAAUCCGAUGCAGAUGAUGAAGAUAAUUACGGAGCCAGACUGAAACCCAGAAGGUACCAUGGACGCAGGGCUGAGGGGGGACCGGUGGGUACCCCUGCAGCAGUGUCUGGGGCUGCAGACAGCACCCUAAAGCUGGGGCAGCAGGCUGGCAACUUCAACUGGGACAACCUUUUGAACUGGGGCCCAGGCUUUGGUCACUAUGUGGAUGUCUUUAAAGAUUUGGCCUCUCUCCCAGAAAAAGCAGCUGGUAACGAAGAAGGUAAAAGCGGGGCAGCUAAAUCAGCUCCCAAAGACGGGGAGGCAGAACAGUACGUGUGAGGUGUAUGUGUGGGCAAGAAACACUCAAAACACGGUGUGACUUCUCAACAGCGGUGGUCACCUUUGUAAAACAGGCCAGUAUAGACCAGUGGCCAGGGACACGUUUAAAAUUAACCACAAAGCUGCUCACAUAGACUCCAAACGACUCUUUAAUUUAAAUGUGCUUGGUGGAACGGAAUGAUCCUCCUGCAUGCAUCUUGUUUGGUGAUGAGUUUUGGGGCAUGCAACAUUGGGAAAUUUUGCUUUGUGUUUGGUUUGUGGUUUUUUAUACCAUUACAGUUGUAGACAUAAGCUUGUCCUUUCACAGUGGGGUUGCUUGUUUCCAUUGUAGUGUUAUGGUUGUGUUUUACCUUGUAAGAUCAUUUAAGUUUAACCAACCCGUGUAAAGUGCAGGAAGGAGCACUUCCCAUCUUGGAGGGAUGAAGGACUGCACAUUAACACUCUUCAGACGUAUAGACACAUAUGUGAUGUUGCUCAGACACGAUAAGGGCUUGUUUUACAUGACGGUGGGUACUAAGAUUAAGUCAUUUUGUUCCGCACUUUAAAGCUACAUUUCAAAAAACUGUGUUGACACUUGUGUGUCUCUGUGCGAACAGUCAUGGCCUCCUGACUUACCUCAGGCUUCCAGGAAGAACAAGAUGACCACAUACUGUCCCCAGAACACUGCCAACUUCCUCUUCCGGAAUAACGUUCUCAGCGCACUUCUAAGAGACAAUUUUUAAAGUUAUUUAUUGAAGAAAAAAGUUCUAUGCUUUUAACAUUGUAACAAAUUGACCUAUGCAGGCCCUAAUUGGUUUUAUUUUCUAGGCAUUCAACAUUUACCCCAAGUACCCAGUUUUUAUAAUUUAUAUAAAGUCAGAUUGCAACGUUUCUUAUUUUCUGUCGUUUUGUAGAUCAUUUUUUAAUACUGUGUAAAACUUUUUUUUUUUUUUUACACCUGAGCUGUGGUUUUGAUACUGAUAUUUUCCUAUGCCGGAAACUUUUCUUGCUUUCAGGGAAGGUAAGAAAAUGUGUUUUUUACAUUUGUUACUUAUGUAACAUUCAUAUUUUCACAGUUUGAUAUCUGUAACAUACUGUAUGCUUUCUACCUGUAAAUGCCAACAAUAGAAUUAAAAUAUUUA